AUCUGUUGGUAGCGUAUCAUGGAAUGACGGCCGUGGUUCUCCUGCACGUCUUAUGGUUCAACGCUCCGCCAGUUCAGAAAUCAAUAUGGCGUCGGACAUGUGUCGUUGUGUACGCCGGGUUCAAUAGCUGGUCGCCUUUCCACAUCGACGUUAUUAUUCUCGAGUGUUUCAUACGUCAUUGAGCAUACUUCCUGGUGUUUUCGAGGAUGCGAAGAUGGAGGAACGUGAUAAGACGAAACCCAGGCAUAAGGAAUGGCGUCGCAUCGCGAAAAAGGAGCGUCGCAGACGUAUACGACGGAAAGCCGCUCAGGAACGUGAUGGCAAUGAAGAGAAGUUGAUGGCAGCACUGAUGUCCAAUAUGGAGUAUUUGAAUUGGCGCGCCGAACAGGAAAGACUGGAGGAGGAGAAGGAAAUACGAGAACAAGAGGAACACGCGGAACAAAAUAGACUCUGGUUGGAGGAGGAGGCAAGAGCGCAAAAGGAAUGGCAAGUUCUUCAGGAACAAAAGGCAAGAGAAGAACAACAAAGACUCGAGCAGCAAAUGAAGAUUCGUAAAGAAUUUGAACUAAGACAAGAAGCAAUACAAAAACAGAAAGAAGAAGAAAAGCGAAAGCUUGAGGAGCAAUUUCGGAAGCAGCAACAGUUGCAGAAAGAGAUUGAUGAUUAUAUUGAUAAUGGAAUGAAAACACCCGAAGCUUUGCGAGAAAUCAUCGACAAUCAACCUAGCAAAGACAUCUGCCCAUUUUUUAUGAAAACAGGUGUUUGCCGGUACGGAGAUAUGUGUUCGAAGAAUCAUCGUAGAGUUUUCCUGAGUAAAGUGAUCCUUAUACCUGGAUUCUAUACACAUUUCUCUCUUGAGAAGAAUUCGGCAGAAUACGAUACCGACAUUGGUCUCGAAUUCGAAAAUUCAGAGACUUGGCAUCACUUUCGCAAAUUUUAUGAAGACGUAAUAAAAAUAUUAGAAUUGUUUGGUAAAAUCAAAACUCUCAAGUGUUGUUGCAACACUGAACUCCAUUUGCGUGGCAAUCUGUACGUCGAAUACUACACGGAAAGAGAGGCGGCCAGGGCUUGGAGACAUCUGAAAGGAUACACGUACGCCAAUAAACAACUCAAUUGUGAAUUUGUCAAUCUGACAUCCUGGAGAAAAGCUAUCUGCGGAAUGACCAAGUGUCCGAAGGGUAGCAAAGCCUGCAAUUUUCUUCAUACCUUUAGAAAUCCGCAUGAUGAAUACGGUAUCAGGAGUCCACCUCGAAAUGCGGAGAAUAAUAUUCAAGAAUCAAAUAAUAGCAAGAGAAGCGAGCGUAGUAAAUCCAGAUGGGAAGAAUCCGUUCGAGACGAUAAUGAAAAAGAUCGCAAUUGGAGAUGGCAAUCCGAAUCUCCUGAAAAAAUAUACGACGAAACAAACGAUCGCUCGCAAGAUUCGAAAAGAAAACGUUCCCAUUCUACAGAGAGAAAAUCGCGAAAAUCUGUACGUAAUAAAAGAUACAGUCAGGCCAAAAGAUCGAGCAGUUCUAGAAGAAGAACAUCAUUUGAUAAACAUCGAUCAAGCCGUUCCAAGAAAAUCUAUGAUGAUGAAGACCAUCAGGAUAAGGAGGAAAAAUCGGAUAGGAACUCUUCCCAAAGGCAUGAAAAAGAGUCUAGAAAAAGAAAAAGUGAUAGCGAAAAUGGUUAUAAAACUUCCAGAAGAAAAUAUUAAAGAAUAUGGGAUAAACCAUGGAUAUACGAAAGGAAGAAAUAUAUAAAGAAGAAGAGUUCCUACAAAGGAUCCAAAGAUAAACUAACAAUAAGUAAAGUAAAAAAUACUAUGCUUUUAAUAUUAAAGAUAAUUUUAUUCAAAUGACAGAGUGAACGCAACGUUCGAAUAAGUAAAGACAAUGUUCUGUAUCUGAGCUUAGCCGAUCAGCAUUGUACAAUUCUUUUAUUUUCUAAUUUGAUUGUAUUUGAUUUUCUAUUUUGAUUGUAAUUUCGAUAAAGACUGUUAUUCGAGUCUGUCUCUCUGUAACUGUAUAAUAUAAAUAAGAUAUUAUUUAUAUAAGUGCAAAUGAAUAGGAAUAUUAAAAAAUAAAUCGACUGUGAUCACCAUUAUUUCUUAAUGUUGGAUUAAUUAUUUAAAAUCAUGAUCACAACAACAGUGUAGAUAAACUUUUGCUUGAGAUAUAUUUUGUCUUA